GCCGAGCCGGCGGGGCUGGCGGGGCGGCACGGGGAGCUGGAGGGCUCGGAGCCCUCGGGCAGCGGCCGGAGCAGCGCCACCCCGCAGGAGGGCGCGGGCGCCGAGGGCGAGCGCUGCCCCAGCGCCCUGUCGCGGGCGGCGGGCGAGGAGGAGCGCUCCGGGGACGAGGCGCUGCUCGCCCCGCUGCCGCUGCCCAGGAAGGGCAGCUACCUGUCCGCCUUCCGCCCGGUGGUGAAGGACGCCGAGAGCAUCGCCAAGCUCUACGGCACCCGCGAGGCGUUCGGCGGCGCGGGCCCCCGCGGCCCCGGCUACCUCUCGCCGGACUUCCUGAGCGAGGGCAGCUCCAGCUACCGCUCGCUGUCCCCCGGGGGCGACACGGCCGAGGAGCCCGAGGUGGACGUGGAGUCCAACCGCUUCCCGGAGGACGAGGAGGAGGAAGCCGCCGCC